AUGGAGGAAGGGGUGGAGGUAGAGGAAGAAGUCAGCCUGAAUCUUCUACUCAACAAGAAGUGCGCUCUGUUGCUCGAUAUUUGUAGUAAAUUGGUGAGAGAAUUGGGAAUUCAAUUAGAAGCCACUAGUAAUGAUGUGAUAGUAACAAAUCCAUUAGGGUACAAUGCUCGGGUAGUUUUGCAAACUCUAAGAGAUAAGAAGCUAUAUGCCAAAUUGUCUAAAUGCGAGUUUUGGUUAAAUGAAGUAGCAUUUCUUGGGCAUGUGAUUUCUGCAGAAGGAAUUCAAGUUGAUCCCCAAAAGAUAAAAGCCAUUAUAGAAUGGAAAAUUCCAAAGAAUGUGUCUGAAGUGCGGAGUUUUCUGGGUCUUGCGGGUUAUUAUCGAAGGUUUGUGAAUAACUUUUCAAUGAUAUCUUUUCCUUUGACUAAGUUGAUGAGGAAAGAUGUGGCAUUUGUUUGGACUUUUGAGUGUCAAGAAAGUUUCGAAACAUUGAAGAAGAUUUUGACAAAAGCUCCAGUAUUGGUUCAAACUGAAUCUGGCAAGAACUAUGUGAUUUAUAGCGACGCGUCUCAUAAUGGUUUGGGAUGUGUGUUGAUGUAA